AAAUUAAUAUUGCGUAGGAAACGUUUUUAUCACGUAAUGUUUGCUAUGUAACUACAGGAAGCUUUGGUAACUGUCAAGACCAUAACACUGAACACGUGUUGACCUACGCUUUCCUUUUAAAGAAUAUGUCGGGUAACUAAACGACCUGAGAGUGAUGUGUCUGUUCAUGGAAGACUUCGUUGUCCCUGAGGCGCUUUAGCAGAAGAAAACAGUAUGAGUGGUCACAGUACUGCUCCUCAAGCCUGUAAUGGCAUUACUCCACUCCAACAGAUGGUGGCGUCCUGCUCCGGAGCCAUCCUCACAUCUUUGUUUGUUACACCUUUGGAUGUCGUGAAGAUCAGACUACAAGCGCAGAAAAAUCCCUUUCCCAAAGGGAAAUGUUUUGUUACUGAAGGGAAUGUGGACCCAAGUUGUGUAAAAAACGGCAACCCCAAAGGCCGGUACAACCCCCGGGUCAUUCCCGGGGCCAAUGGAAACCCUUUCAAACCAAUCCAAACAGCACAUUUCCUACAUGCCUUACACUCGUUUGAGGAUCCCUUUCGUCAAGAUUUACGCCAUGGGAAUUUAAGGCAUUUGGAGCGGUCUACCCCAACCCUUGUGAUGGCAGUCCCAGCUACAGUGAUCAACUUUACGUGCUAUGACCAGCUGUGUGCAGCGAUGAGGGUCAGAAUGGGAGACCGUGCUCAAGAGGCUCCUCUUCUGGCAGGAGCCAUGGCUAGAGUGGGUUCAGCGACAGUGAUCAGCCCUCUGGAGCUGAUCCGUACGAAGCUGCAGUCUCAGAAACAGUCGUACAGAGAGCUGACCGACUGCAUCCGCUCUGCAGUGCAAACAGAGGGCUGGCUGUCUCUGUGGCGAGGUUUGGGGCCCACGCUCCUCCGAGACGUGCCCUUCUCAGCCAUGUACUGGUACAACUAUGAGAAGGGCAAGAGCUGGCUGUGUCAACAUUAUAACACCAGUGAACCUACAUUUACCAUUACCUUUGUAUCUGGAGCAGUGUCGGGCUCUAUUGCGUCCAUUGUAACGUUACCUUUUGAUGUCGUCAAAACGAGAAGGCAGGUGAUGCUGGGAGAGCUACAAGCAAAGAAUUUGUCAUGUCAGGUCUCCUCCUCCACCUUCAGCAUGAUGAGCAAGAUUGUGGCGCAGGACGGCAUCGGUGGACUGCUUGCAGGUUUCCUCCCAAGGUUGAUCAAAGUGGCUCCAGCCUGCGCCAUUAUGAUCAGCACUUAUGAGUUUGGAAAGGCCUUUUUCCGCAAACACAACCAGGAGAGGAUACUCGGGCCACUGCAGACCAGUAACACCUGAUAGCUUUACAUUCAUUUUUUUUCAAAUCAAACACAACUACUGCUAGACUAUACCUGGAAGUGAACAAAAUAAUGAAAUGCUUGACACUUUUUUGAAUUACAAAAUUAAUAUAUUAUUUUCAUUAGUAUUUCUAAUUUAAUGUUGUUGUUUUUUAUUCAACACAACAAAUCCUGUGCGCGCAACUGAAAAGAAAUGUUUUGUUAUUAUCAGUGUUCAAAUCCCGUGCUUUUUGACGCAUUUAACAGCCAGCGGAUAUUUGAUUAAUAUUGAUUUUCCAGGUCUCAAAUGUGGCUGUCUCGCUGGGACCGUGUGCAUUGUGCCUGAAGUCCUUAUAUUAGAGAUGAAAGAUUAAUCUCUGUUAUUCCUCUGUGUGUCAUUCCGAGUCAGUGUAUCCUCCCCGACACCGAGAGAGAGGGUCUCCAUGUUUUUGCACUUCGACUUCAAUCCCUUGUAACCUGUGAAUACAUGUGACAAGAGAGAGAAAAGCAAAAAAUGUGCCAGUGUACAGCCAUGACGAGAGCCUGUAAAAUACAACUGUGACACAUGUAAGCAAACUGAUAAUGUGACGUCUCAAAUGUCCAAUACACACAACUGAUUUUCUUUGGAAA